UGCCAGUGUGACAGCCAGUAGUCCAGUAUUUUGUCGACACCAGUUUGUUGAAAAUUUUUCAAAAUUGCGAAACAUAUUUUAAGCUUUUUAAAAAAGAAAAAGACUCCUCAGUCUUCUGGCAGCGGCAGUGAGGACAACAAAUCCCUACAGCAGCAGGAGUCCGCACAGUUGAGCAAACAGCUUGAGCCAAGCAGUCCCGGCGCGUCGUCUAGCAAGUCGUCGCCGUCACCGUUGACGACCGCGACUAAAUUGGACACAGCUGCUGCACGGCCCCAGGCGAACACCACCAACACAUCGGCAGACCCAUCGGCGCAAAAAGCCGCCAAAAUAACACCACCCACAGGUGCCCAGUCUACCAUAUCGUCGCCGCCUACCACGCAGGCAACAACCGCUACCGCGGGCGAUACAACAGACGCUGCCGGAUCAUCAUCAUCGGUAUCGACCACAGCGACCUUCCGUCUCUCUUCGUUAACAGGUACCAUCUCGAAAAUGGGAAAUAACGCCACCACUUCCAAUAAAAAAGUGGAUGCUGCCGAAACCGUCAAAGAGUUCCUCGAACAGGCCAAAGAAGAGUUCGAGGACAAAUGGCGCCGCAAUCCAACCAACACCGCCUCUCUUGAAGACUUUGAACGCAUCAAAACCCUGGGCACCGGCUCCUUUGGCCGGGUCAUGAUAGUACAACACAAGCCGACAAAAGACUACUAUGCCAUGAAGAUUCUGGACAAGCAGAAGGUUGUCAAACUAAAACAGGUCGAGCACACGCUCAACGAGAAGCGCAUCCUACAGGCCAUCUCAUUUCCAUUCUUGGUGUCGUUGCGCUAUCACUUCAAAGACAACUCCAACUUGUACAUGGUACUCGAGUAUGUACCGGGCGGUGAAAUGUUUUCGCAUCUACGUAAGGUUGGCCGUUUCUCGGAGCCCCACUCGCGCUUCUAUGCUGCGCAAAUUGUACUCGCCUUCGAGUAUUUGCAUUAUCUUGAUCUAAUCUAUCGUGAUUUGAAGCCAGAAAACCUGCUGAUCGACUCACAGGGCUACCUCAAGGUAACUGAUUUCGGUUUUGCCAAACGUGUCAAAGGCCGCACCUGGACAUUGUGCGGUACCCCUGAAUACCUCGCCCCCGAGAUUAUUCUCUCCAAGGGCUACAACAAAGCUGUGGAUUGGUGGGCACUCGGUGUACUUGUCUAUGAAAUGGCCGCCGGUUAUCCACCCUUCUUUGCCGACCAGCCCAUACAGAUCUACGAGAAAAUUGUAUCGGGCAAAGUACGUUUCCCCUCACACUUUGGUUCGGAUCUGAAAGAUCUGCUGCGCAACCUGUUGCAGGUCGAUUUAACCAAACGCUAUGGCAAUCUGAAGGCGGGUGUGAAUGACAUCAAAAAUCAGAAAUGGUUCGCUUCGACAGAUUGGAUUGCGAUCUUCCAGAAGAAAAUUGAGGCUCCAUUUGUGCCACGGUGUAAGGGACCCGGUGACACUAGUAACUUUGACGACUAUGAGGAGGAGGCGCUGCGGAUCUCAAGCACCGAAAAGUGCGCCAAGGAGUUUGCUGAAUUCUAAUUGUAUUCAAACAACAACAACAAGAUAUUUACCCUUUACACACACAAACAAACACAUACAUCUUUUCUUUUUUGUAAUAUGUAUGCGUCGUCCUGUCGACGUUGUCGCAGCAAAAAUGCUCCAGCUCCCAGACGCCGCUGUCGCCGUCGCCAAUCAUCAUAUUUCUCAUCACUGGUUGUUGUGUGGGUUAGUGGUGGGUACCUAAAGAAAAUGUGGCGGUACAUCAAAUGGUUCGUCGUACUUUUGUAAAUUAU